GCUGUGUGCCCAAAUCCAAUAUGGCGGCCCGAGCGACGAGAAGCGUGUUCCACGUUGGAAAAAAGUCCUUACAUCAUGUUAUGCUACGAAGGGUAUCUGUGGAAAAUAAUAUCAGAUAUUCGUUGAGAUUGCUUCAGAGAGCAAGCAUAUCUAGUUUCAAUGGCAAUCCUACUGUUCCUAACCUACUUCAGACUCUUUCUAAACGAGGCUCUCCUGCAUUUGUUGGUCACAUUAAAAGACUUCAGAAUCUUGCCGUGAACAUUGACACGGCAUUGUGCGAUGUGUCAACGAACCAAGAGAAUACACAACAGGAUAUUUCCUUACUUGAGCAAUGUGCAGAAGAUGAUGAUGAUCAAUUUCGAAAAAAAGAGAAUGAUGUGCUUAUCAAAGUUAAAGAAGAAGCAAAGUCAGCACAAAGGAGUGGAAAUAUUUUUGCCAUUGUACAUAUUGGUGGCAGUCAGUUCAAAGUUUCACUAAAUGACACAAUAAUGGUGAAUAAACUUCCUGUGGAAAUUGGAACAAGGAUUAAGAUUGAAAAGGUGCUUGUGCUUGGAAGUGAAAAUUUUACAAUUGUUGGGUGUCCUCUUGUGCAAAAUGGUUCAUCUGAGGUACAGGCAACAAUUGUUGAGCACAUCAAAGACAGGAAAAUUAUUGUUUUUAAAAAAAAAAAGAGAAAAGGCUAUAAACGAACGCAAGGUCAUCGCCAAGCUUUAAGUAUUUUGAAAAUUGACAAAAUCAGUUUGAAUGUGGAUGCAUUUUAAGGAACUAUAGGAUAUUUUAUAACUACUAUAGAUGUAAACAUGAAGAAAAUAGUUUUUCAAAAUCAUGGCCUGAGAUUUUCCAGGCUGAAAGAGAAUUUUUCAUAGUGAAUAUGACUUUUAAUCAAGUAAUAUAUGACAACAAAUGAAA